UAAACAAUUAGCUGCCUUGCUCUCCCUCUCUGGCAGACACAGGCACAUUCUUUCUCGUGACCCUAUGUUUGUGUGAGAACUACAACUACACUUCACGUCGGGUUGGCAUAGGAAGACAUGGUUUUGAAGGUUGCGCCUAUCUGGGUUUAUAGCAACAAUGACAGAAAAAACUUCCUAUUUUCUGAAUUGGGCUUUUCAGAUUUUGUGUGUACAAAAGGAGGGAGUCCUGCUUUCUUAAAUUUGAGGAUUCGGAGAAACUGGGAGUGUCUAAGUGUGUUCUUUCCGAGGGCGACCAUACCCGUAGAAGAUGAGAUCCCUUUGACACCUGGAGUUGCCGCCCCUGGUGGAAUUGUAGAGGCCACUCAGAUCACCGAGGGCAGGGGGUUUCAUAGGGAUUUAAACUCUCUUCCAAAACCCCUGUCUGCAGUCGAUCUUAAGGCUUCUCUCAGUGAAGGGUCAAUGAUCCGGGUUGCAUACCAGGGGGUUCCGGGGUCUUAUAGUGAGACUGCUGCAGUAAAAGCUUAUCCAGAGUGUGAAACUGUUCCGUGUGACGAGAUUGAAGCUGCAUUCAAGGCAGUUGAAUUGAGGUUGAUGGACAAAGCAGUACUCCCCAUUGAGAGUUCUGUUGGUGGGAGCAUCCACCAUAACUACGACUUGCUGCUCCAUCAUAGGCUUCACAUAGUAGGAGAAGUUAGGUUGAAAGUGAAUCACUUCCUUCUAGCACUGCCUGGCAUUAGAAAGGAGGAGCUAAAGUGUGUGUUGAGCCAUCCACAGGUGCUUGAUCAAUGUGAGAUCACCUUAAACAAGUUGGGUGUUACCAGAGUCAGUGUCGAUGAUUCUGCUGGUGCUGCUCUGAUUGUAGCCUCCAAAGGGUUGAGAGACACUGGAGCAGUUGCAAGUUCUCGAGCUGCAGAAAUCUAUGGGCUUGAUAUUCUUGACUAUAGAAUUCGGGAUGACUCCGAAAACAUUACCCGUUUUCUGAUACUUGCAAGGGAACCUAUUAUCCCUGGAACAGAUAGACCUUUCAAGACUAGUAUUGUAUUCACUCUGGAAGAAGGGCCUGGAGUUCUUUUCAAGGCCUUGGCAGUGUUUGCUCUGAGGGAUAUUAAUUUAUUAAAGGUUGAGAGUCGGCCGCAGAAAAGACGCCCAAUUAGGGUUGCUUAUGACGACUCUAACAAGGGGAGAGCAACGUACUUUGAUUAUCUAUUUUACAUUGACUUUGAAGCAUCUAUGGCGGAGCCUCGUUCCCAAUAUGCUCUGGGACAUCUUCAGGAAUUUGCAAGGUUUCUUCGAGUUCUUGGUUGCUACCCUGUCGUUACAGUUUAAUAGCCUCUGGAAUUGUUUAUCCUGUAUUUAUUCAAAUCUCGAUCAACAAGAGAGAAAUUAUUCAGAUUUCUACCUUUACACAAUGUUCUUCAGGAAAUUUUGUGGAUUUGGUUGAAAUAGUGCACAGUGGACAUCUUUCUCCAACAACAGGGUGUUAUCUUCUGUUUCAUGCAUCUUCAUUUAGGAGGCCUUAUUAACUUGUAUACAAACAUAGACCGAUAUUCCCAAAAACUUGUAUCAAUGAGAAGUUUAUUCAUCUACCAUACAUUUUCUAAACGUGUGAAAAGAUUUAAUUUGCGUAAUGAAUUCCUCAAGAACGCCUUUUGGAGGCUUAUGCGACGUAUUGUGGAAUUUUUUACUGUUAUUGUUUGCCAUGAAAAAUCUUGAAAUAUAAACAUAAACACAGUUCAUUCUGACUGGAUUAGAUCUCAGAGAAAAGUUUGAAAAGUACUUAUAAGAUAAUGCAGUAAAAUACAUCAGAGAAAAGCUCGCUGUGUACUCAAAA